AUGGGGCCCCAGCCCUACACCCCCAACUUCAGAGAGUUCCCUAUACCCCUGCCCCACACAGGACGGCCUCCCCUGCUGUCCAUUCCCACCAUGGUGGUGCAUUGCAAGGUGGACAUCCAGUUAUCCAAGCCUGAAGCCCGAGAGCUGCAGAGCUGGUGGCGUCAGGAAGGACAUGAGCAGAUGGAGGGCCGCCGGACUGGCAUCUGGGCAGCGCUGGCCGUCCUGCUGGGGCUGGCAGCUUGCGGAUCCGGCUACCAGAUCGUCGAAGGCCCCCGGAAUGCCACGGUGCUGGCGGGCUCGCAGGCCCGCUUCAACUGCACCGUGUCGCAGGGCUGGAAGCUCAUCAUGUGGGCGCUGAAUGGGGUGGUGGUCCUGAGUGUUACGCCCUCGGGGCCCAUCAACACCAGCGAACGCUUCACCUCCGCCAGCUACGACGAGGUGGGCGGCAACAUCAUCUCCGAGAUGCUCAUCCACGACGUGCAGCUCAGCGACACGGGGCACAUUAGGUGCAGCCUCCAGAGCAGCGACCGGGUUGGGGACGCCUUCCUGUCCGUCCAAGUCAUGGGGAGCCUGCACAUUCCCAACGACAGUCCUGUAGUCAAGGAUGAACCUUGUAAUGUGACCUGUCGUGCCUCAGGCUGGAUCCCCCUCCCGGACAUUUCCUGGGAGAUUGGGGUUCCUGCGAGCAACGUGAGCUAUUUUUCCAUCCCGGACCCUGAUGACCUUCAAAGCACAGUGAGUGUCCUGAUGCUCAUGCCCCAGGGCGAUGGCAUGUUGACCUGUGUGGCUCACUUGAAGGAGCUGCCCGCCCACAAGGCUGUCACUGUCAAUCUGACCGUGGUUCCACCGGGCAGCAUCCAGAGGCAGGGGGCCUCGCUGCCCACCUGGGCCAUCAUCCUGAUAGCUGUGUCCUUGUCGUUGCUUCUGAUUCUGCUAAUUGUUCUGAUUAUCGUAUUCUGCUGCUGCCGUGGCUCCAGGAAAGAAAAAAAAGAAUCGAACUAUGACAGUGAAAUAAGGAAAUCUGCAAACCCGAAGACGAGCGAGACCUCUGAGACGAAGUCAAAGGACGGAAAUGAAAACUAUGGCUACCAGGCAGAGGAGCUGAGGCCCACAACCAUCACUUACCUCCCUUCGAAGUCCCCUGCAUCUGGUGCUCCAGAACAACGCGACAGCAGACAGCCUCGCCAGGGACCAGAUGAUCACCAGCCACCAGCACAUCGGCCACAUGUGACCUUUUUUAUGGCCAGUCCUAGGAGGGUCAGGAAUGUGACGUUAGUGUAGUGAAGACGUCCCUCGGGUCCCUUCCCUGGCCGAUGACCCGCAUCUCCAGGAUGUCAUCACUCCCUGCUACCUGAGGCCCGGCCUGGCCGCGUUCCUGGAGGAGGUGGUGCUGGAAACAUCUGGACAGAUAUUUCAUAGCAGAGAAGAAGUCCGUUUUCCCAGCUUCCCAAGUAGGAUUUGAUUUUUAAAACAUCUCAGGAUUUCCAUGAAUUCUACAACAUUACUGAGUAAAAGCUGGGAGCUCCUGUGUGGGGUUUCUCACCUGCUGCUGAUCCCAGCAGCGGUGUCUCAGUCCAUUUCUUACCCCACGCUGAAAUGCUCUUAUUAUCUUCCAUCACGUGAAGAUGGUAUUUAUGGAUGUUGACCAUGUGGGACAUGAUUGCACAUUAUCAGCAAAAAAAGAGAACACCAAUUAGGAUCAACUGGAAAUCUAAAAUUGUCUGGAAAAGCAGAACUCAUAGAUUAAAUGAAAUUAAACUAUUUAAAAGUUAAAAUAAAUUCUAAAGCUGAUGUGCAUGUUGCACAUCAUUGGACAUUUACAUGAAGACAUUCAUUUUUACAUGCCCCCUUCGGGCCUCAGAUGCAUUAGGUGAGGGUUAUGGUUUGUGGGGCACAGACCUCACGAACCUCAGAUGCCAUGAAAAAACAGGAAAUGGGUAAUAUAUUUUUUUUAAUAAAUAAGAGA